AUGAUGUUUAACAAUCUUUUAACAUUUUAUGGAAAAACGAUACAAAUUGGUAAUAAAAAAAUAAUAACAUUAUCAAGAAAUUUAUCUUCUUUUAGUGAAUAUUCUAGUGAAGUUAAUCAAAGAUUAGAUAGAUGGAGAAAAUUUCAAAAGAAAAAUAAAAAAAUAACAAAAAAUAGAAAAAGUAAUACUAAAAAAGAUUCUGUUGAUAAAAUUAUUUCUAGUAAUAUAUUAGAAACAACAAAUUUGACUUCUAAAAAAAAUAAUGAUAAUUUUUGUAUAAAAGAUCCUAUUAGUCAUAUAAGUAGACUGGAAAAUUAUACUGGUUUAUCAUUAAAAAAACCACUUGAUAUAAAUAACAAUGAAACUUUUUCAACCAAUAACAAUACUAACAAUAUAAAUGAUUCAAUUAUAGGAUAUACUGAUGCAAGUUAUAUUAAAGGACAUCCUGCUGGAAUAGGAAUAUAUUUUGGUCCAAAUCAUCAUUUAAAUACAAGUAUCAUUCUUGAUAAUGUAUAUAAUAGUUGUGAGGCAGAAAUUAUAGCAGCACAAAUUGCUUUAAGAUCUCUUGCAGUAUCUAAAUAUUAUCGUAAUCAACAUAUUAUUAUACGAACUGAUUUUAAAGGAAUUAUUGAUGCAAUGAGAAAUGGAAAUAAUGGUAGAUUUUGUAAAGAGUAUCAUCUUCUUCGAUCAUUGGCAAAAUAUUUUCCAAAAGGAGUUACAUUUGAAUGGAUAAAGGGACAUAAUGGAGAUUAUGGUAAUGAAAUGGCUGAUUUUUUAGCUAAAUCAGCAACCAACGCUAGAAGUAGAUCAAUCCCAACAUCUAAAGAUUCUGGGUAUUCUUCUCCUGUAAAUAGUUUAAAUAGUGUAACUAUUAAUGGAGAAGAUGAAGUAAAAAUUUCUAAUCAAAAUCUUAAUGAUAAAAUUAAAGAUUUAAUAGAGAAUGAAGAAAUGUAUAGAAAGAAAAUAGUAAAAAAACAAUGGUAUUUAUAA